GUUUAUUUGCACAUUCAUGUUUCCUCCAAAACCUGGCACCUCCCAGUCACCCAAGUUUUAAUACCUUGCUUUUUAUCCACUGUGACCUUGUUGUUGCAAGGCUACAAGUAGGCGCGUCUCGUAGCCUUUGAACUAUAAACCUUACACUUUAUUCACACACCAACUCCACCUCACCCCUUCAAAGUUCUUCUUCACACUGCGCAAACCCGCAAACCCGCAACCACUUUCUACCCGUUAUGCACCAUUGACCAACCCUCUAAUGGUACCACUUCGGUUGUUGUAACAGUAUCCGAUCACGCACUAGGCAUCAUGUCUACCAAGCAAGACUUCAGUGUUCCGCGCAAGAAAACCUUGACGACUUAUGGAAAGGCUCCUCGUAAACGGCAACCCAAGACAACUUUUACGCCCACCGCCUUCCCGCCUAUCCCGGAAGACGAUGACUCUACGUCGAAGCAUAAAGCCACGGUAACGCGCCGCCGACCGCUGCUAAUCUCAUCACCAACGCGCGAUCCUUACUCGCCGCCUUCUCGAAGUCUUGAUGAGACAACAGAUGCAAAGCCGAAGCCUAAGUCGAAUAAGCAGCCGAAUGAAGUGCAGAGCUCAGAUCGAAAACGCAAGAUAUCCCAAGUGUACACGUCUAAGGGACGAGUGCAAGAACCCGCUCAGACGAACCGAGUGAACAAGGCCCUUCCCGGUCGUAUUCCACAACAGUCGCGUCCAUCUGUACCUGCUAAUGCCCACCAAACCGUUCUUCCAAAUGCGCGACAACGCAAACGCUCCAACUCUGCAGAAUCUAUGGAUAUGGGCACAUCUGAGCCUAGCCUAUCGAGCCCCCCUCAAACGCCUACUCUAUCACGAACCUCAAAGCCGUCAACUAUUACUAUGAAAGGUUCAACAUCGUCAACAUUACGUACAAACACCGCGGGCGAAGCGAAGCAAAAGAAGAUAAAGCAUCAAAUCCCCUUGCGAUUCGCCCGCGAAGCAAGUGCAAAGCCGAAGGUCCCAGGUGUCUCCUCAAAUAAAGAGGAUGAAGAGGUCCGGCCAAUGCUUCAUUCGCAUUCGGUUCCUUCAAGCGUUUCGAAAAGACGUAAAAGGCGCUUGAUCGACGCACUGGUAGAACAAACGAAGGACGAUGCGAUAGAAUCAGCCGACGAAGACGCCGAAAGUCAGCAAACUUUAAGUCUACCGGUUUUGAGUCAUGAGCCAAGUGAUAUUUCAAUGAUGGACUCACAACCCUUACCCCAGACCCCUGACCACAAGGCGGGAGUGACGCAAGUCACGGGCACCAGAACUUUUGCGCGCUCGAGUAGUGCGCUCAAAUACACGUAUGGCCAAGGGAGAAAGGUUUUGGAGGAGGAAGGGGAUAUACUGGAGGCCCUUACUUUCCCGGAGGAAAUAUCGUUCCCGUUAAAAGGAAGGCGUUUGGAACUUCGAGCCCCGAAAGAGACAGCCAGCGCUCAGGGAGCAAUCGACGACGAAGAUCCUGCAAUGCUAAACUCGCCUAAUUCGAAACUCAAAGACAUCCAUGAAUUAAGGCAAGCUGGAGCGAAUUCUCGUGUAGCUGACACGAUGCAAGAUUUAGCCGACCAGAUCGGCUCUCCAAAUAAUAAACCAUCGUCGUCUCGAAGGGCUGCAUUGCUACAGGUAGCUGAAAAAAUUAAGGACAAGACUUUUAUGAGGCAAUGCCGCGACUAUGGCGUUGAGGCGGCGUUACUAAAAGAUGUUGGAAAAGAGACGGACAUGAUAUCAGGAUAUCUCAUCCUGUCUAUCCUUGUAACGAUACUUGCAAAAUGGCCCUCGUCACACAUCCAGCAGCUCGUCAGACUCGGGAAUCCAGCAGGCAUGUUUGCUCUUUUUCUCGGCGCAUCUCGAGAUAUCAAAGUAAUUGCCCGAGACCGGAAGAGCAACCUAUCGAAGAGAGCGCAGUCAUCCAUUCUCGCCAUUCAGACUACGUUGCGCGAACUACCGAUUUGGGGCGAGGCUCCCCCGUCGCGUAUCUCUCCGAGGAGUCUUGUCCUCAAAUGCCUACAUUUACUAGUCACCCAAGACACCAACGCGGCCAAGGAUCCUACUAUUUUCUCGCCAACUGUAGCAGAAGCUCUAUUUACAAUACUCUCAGAAGCAGCCGAAAGUACAGAGCAUUGGAAUUAUCCUGAAGCCACAGAUGCCAUAGAUCUUGCUCAAACCCUAUCAGUACUCGACUUCUAUGCCGUGAGCGUUGCAGAGUCCCAGCGUGCAAGUGCCGAUUGGGCCGCCCGAUAUCUCCCAAUUGUGGCUGAUAUAUUCGGGGCUUCCUCACGGAAUGUCGCAUCAGAUGCGAGUAAUGAGAAUGGGAGUAAGAUCCUUGAGGACUCCGUCUUGAAACUUACGAUCAAUUUAGUCAACAACAGUUUGGAAGCACCAGACAUAUUCGUAUCGAAAGGGCUGAUCCCGGCGCUGGCUGGUUCGAUUUCCAGCAACUUCUCCCAGGUCUGGGCAUCUGUUUCUCAGGAUACGUGGGUUGAUGGGAUUCUGGAUAGCCUAGUCUUGCGAUUGGGCAUCAUGAUCAAUUUCUGUGAACACAACACUCUCGUGAGGAAGGUAGUCAAUGAUUGUCACCAUGAUGACAAACGACCAGUCGACGAGUUAGUCCGAUUAUUCUCGGAAAACUAUCGGAGAACAGCAGAGGCCGAUUCAAUGGAGACUAGUCAUCUAAACGUUGCAUUUGGAUACUUGUCAGUACUGUUGGGAUAUCUAGCUCUACACCCUGCAGUGCGACAAAAGCUGCGGUCGAACCUCUCGACGAAGAACAUCGCCCCUUUAUUAGAUUCGAUUCGCGAGUUCAUUGCUCACCACAAGAAGGUGGAACAAACCGUUGAGCAGACCGAGGAUGGUUCGGAAAGCCAAAGUAGUUACACGGAUCGGCUUCAGGAGUUGGUGUACCAACUCCAAGCAAAGAAUGAGUGAAUACAUCACAAAAACAGCCUACAAUGGUAGAUCAAGUUUAUUCAUCAUAUGACUUACUCGUUAAGAAAUAUUCUUAUAAUUGAUCGUAUUGGAAGUUGGGGGGUAUCAACGUGACACGAGACACGAUAGA